AUGAAUCCUAAUCGUGAAGCAACCAGAAAUCAAUCGCAUAGACCUAAAAAGUAAUAUUUUGAUAUUACCAUCAUUUAGAAAAGACUCUCGCUCUAAUGCAUAAAACUUUGAGAAUCUGUAGGCAAGAAUAAAAGAUUUUUCUUAGAAUAGACUGCAUAAUGCAGUAUCCAUUUAACCUAAUAGAAGUGAUUCUACCAAUAGCCAACUGCAACGCUAAGACCUAUAAUAGAUGUAUUAUACGGUUUUAUACAAGCAUCAAGCAAAUACUCGAUAAUGGAACCAAAUCAUUUAGCAGUGGAUAUAAAUUAAAAGAAUAUCCUUAUUCUCCUAGCAUACAAUCACCAAAUCAAUUGGUUUAAUCUCCAAAAUAGUUUGAUUAUAGCAAUGAAAAGUAGUCCAACCAGAAAUCAGUUGACCCAUUCAAAUUUGAAACAUUUGGAUUAAAUUCAGAUUAUAAUAAGAAAAAAGAAGAUUACUUAUAAUCUGAUGAUUCUUAUUCCCAUGAAAUAGCAAAAUUGAAAAAAUAAUUGGAGCCAAUAUCCAAUGUUAGUAGAAAUUAAUUAACAGAAUUAGUCAGAAUAGCUUAAGCUACAAUAAAUGAUAAAAAAAGAAGUAUAUUUUAAUUCUAUUAUAUAGUGUAACAAAAUAAUUAGAAAUAUUAGUGGUAAGUAGAGUCUGAAGAUUCAUAUUAAGAAUUUGAUUCUAAAAUCCUUGAUUUACAACAAAAACUCAAAAAAUCAAAUGAUUUAUGUACUUAAUUAAAAAUAGAAAAUAAGAAUCUUAACAAUUAAUUAAAAGACGCUGAAUUACAACUUAUAAAUUUUUAAGAAAAAUAAAAGAAAUCAGACAAAGAGUUUUCAUUUUUGUAAAAUUAAAUACAAGAAUAUAGCGAUAAUAAUUCUAAAUUAAGAAAAUAAAAUGAUGAAUUGGAAUAUGAAAUCAAAAUAUAAGAAUCAUAUAUCAAUUCUCAAAAGCAGAAUAAUUAAGUUAAUGAGUUAAAUUUUUAAAGAAAAAUUAAAAAUCUUGAAAAUGAUAAAUAAAGUAUAAAAGAUGAUAUUUAGAAAUACUAAAUUCAACUUAUCAAAGAAAGGGAAGAUUCAUCAUUAAAAGAUGAAUAAAUACUUGAUUUAGGUAAAAUAAUAAAAUCGUUAAAAGAAUAGAAUUAGGAACAUUCCACCUAAUCAAACGAAUAUGUAUAAUAAAUAAAAGAUUUGAAAAAUUAAAUAAAUUAAUUAUCUUAGGAAAAAUAAGACUAAUUUGACAACUUCUUAGAAAUAAAAUAAACAUUAUUGAAUCAAAUUAAUUAACAGGAAUAAGAUUACUAAUCUCAAUUAGGAUAAUUGGACCUUUUGAAAUAAUAAUAAUAAUUUAAGUAAGAAAAUCAAUCUUUAAAAAAUUAAAUUAAAUUAACUCAAGAAGAUUUUAUUAAACUAAAAGAAGACAAAGAAUAAUUAUAAAUACAAAAUGGCAAUCUAACUUCUCAAGUAGUGUAUUUAUUGCAUUAAUCUGAAGAAAAUCAAAUUUUAAAUACAGAACUAGAAAGUGAAAUUAAAAAACAUUAAUUGUAAUUUUUAGAAUAAGAGAAGCAAAAUUAAUAUUAUGAAGAUCUAAUAGAAAAAUACAAUUCAUAAAUUUCAAACUUACAAGAUACAUUAAAUCAAUAGAAAAAUAACAUUGAUUAACUUAGCAAUUAAUACAUAAUUUAUCAACAAGAAUUAAAAGAGUCUUCAUAAUUGAAUCAAUAAUUGCAAAAAGAUUUAAAAAGCAAUGAAGAUUAGAAUUUAACUUUAAAUCGAGAGAGAUAAGGUCUCAUUACAAACAUGGGUUAACUUAAUUCUACCAAUGAAUAGCUUGAAAAAUAAAUAGUUUCAUAAUAUUCUUAAAUAAGUGAAUUAAAAAAGCAACUAAAUUAAUAGGAAUAAGAAUUUAAAUAAAUACAAGUAGAAUAAUUAUAAUAAGCUAAAAAUGAAAAAGAAUUUUUAAAUGAUUUAAGUUAUUAAUUUGAAAAAGAAAUUGAAAACUUAAAAUAGGAGUUAAAUAAAUAUAAAAUAUUAAUUGAUAACUAGAAUAAAUAUAUAGUACAACAAAACAUUUAAAUUUAAUAAUUGAAUGAGAACCUGGAGUAAAAUUAUGACCAUAUUAAUGAUUUGAAUGAUUAAAUUCACUAUUAAAAGAAUUAAAAUGAAUAAUUCAAAUUAGAAAUUGAUUCCCUAAAAACAGAAAAUUAGAAUCAACAACAAAUAAUCGCUAAUUUAAAAGAGAAAGAAGAUGUUUUUAAUUAAACCAACCAUAAGUUUAAUUUAUAAUAAUAGUAAUUCCAAAUAAUUAAUGAUUUGUUUUUAGAAUCAAAGAAUAGUCUUUUAUAAAAUGAAAAGUCCUUAACCGAAUACAAAUUAUAGUCUAAAUAACUUGAAGAUGUUAUCAAAGAGUUGAAAUAAUUAAUAAGUGUUUCUAAUUUAUAAAUCAAUUAAUUGCAAAUUCAAAUUGAAAAUAAUGAAGAAAUGUUAACUAAAAAAAAUGAAUUAGUUGAUUCAACAAAGUAAGAAUUAAUUUAAUAAAGGAAAGAAACUUAAUAAUAAAAGUAAGAGUUAUUGAUAGCUAAUGAUCAAAUAAAUGAACUUUAAAAAAAUUACAAUGUUUUGGAGAAUGAAAAUUCAAAACUUCUAUAAGAUUUACAAUUUAGUUAGUUUGAGUUAAAAGAAUAAUUAACAUUAAAUAAGUCUAUGAAUAAAGAUAUGGAAGUUGUAACUAAUACAUGUAUGAAUUAAUAAACUUAAAAUUAAUAAUAAUUAGAUUUAAUAAGAAACUAUCAAAAUUAAGUUGAGAAAUUAUAAAAUGGGAAUUAGGUAUUAAAUGAAGAAAACUCAUAUUAGGAAUAAUAAAUCUAAAAGUUAUAAGUUAGUUUAAAUCUUUUAUCAGUAGAAAAUGAGGAAUUAUAAUAAAAAUAUUAGAAUGUAGUCAAAGAUUAUUAAAAUUUAAAGGAGAAGUUCACAGAAUAUGAAUAAAUUCUGUCCAAAAUAGAACACGAUCAACAAGAUAAUAAAUUAAUUUAAGAUUAAAUUAAUCAAUUAGUUAAUCUCUAAUCAAUAAAUCAAAAGGAGUAAGAUUAAUUCGAAGAAAAAUCUAAUAAUGAAGAAUUAGAUAAAAAUGAUGAUGAAGAUCUAAUUUUAACAUAAACUGAGGUAAAUUAGGAAAUAGCACUAUUACAAAUUGAAAUUUCAAAAUUAAAUCUCAGAAUCAGAUAACAACAAGAUGAGAUACUAAGUUUACAAAGUAACUAAAAUAUACAUAAUACUUAAAUUAUACUUGGAUAAAGAGAACAUGUAUAAUAAAUUUGUGAAAAGAAUUUUUUAGAGUAAUAAAAGGAAAAUUUAUUAGACCUUAACGACCUGCUUGUUUAAUAAGUAAUAGAGACCAACGAAGAACCAGGUAAUGAUGAAGUAUUGGAAUUAUAAAAUGGUAAUUGUAUAGUUAAUGAUGAAUAAGGAAGUUCGAGGGAAGAAUUACUUAAAACAAUUGACUAUUUAAAACAGAAUAUUAAGCAUAAAGAAUAAGAGAUUAAUUAAUUAAUCUAAGAAAAUUAAGAAUAUUAUUAAAAGAUAGAAGAUCUUGAUGUUAUGUAAGAAUCUUAAAAAAAAAUUGAAAUAGAUUAAGAUAAUUGUAUAAAGCUAUAAAAGGAAAGGAUUGAAAAGGAAUAUUAAAGAGUUAUUGAACUUGAAAAUUAAGUGAUUUAAUUAAGAGACUAAAUGUAUAAUACUACAUAAAGCUUGUAAGACUAAUCAUAACAGAUUGAUGGUUUAAAAAAAGAGUUAGAAAAUUUAGAAUUUAAAUUGAGGGAGUAGAUUGGAGAAAAUACUACUUAUGGAAAUGAAAUCUAAAAAUUAAAUUCUCUAAAUUAGGAAUACUUAGUGCAAAAAAUACUAAUUGAAUAAUAAUAUGAAAAUAAUUAAUCAAUAAGCAAUAUAUUAGAAAAAAAGAUAUUUGAAUAAGAGUAAGAAAUACAAUAGUUAAAGUAAGAGAUUAUAAAUAUGAAGGAGUAGUAAUCAAGUGUAUUAUUAAACAAAAAAGAUACUUCAUAAUAUGUAGUAGAUUUAUAAAUUAGUCAAAAUACUGUAAAACAAUAGUAUUAAGAUUUAUUGUAAGAGCAUUAAAUUCAUGAAAAAGAAAUUGAAAAUUAAUUGCAAAAUUUAUAGAAUUAAAAUUGUUAAUUGUCAACUGAAAAAGAGCAUAAAGAACGCUAAAUUUAAGAAGAGUCCACAAAUAAUUCAGAAAAGUAAAGUUAGCUCGAUUAACUUAAUAAGAAAUAUAAUGAACUAAAUAAUUAAUUCUUCUAGUAAUAGUAAUAUUUAAGAUAAUUAGAAUAAACUAUCAAUGAUUAAGCUUAAUAAAUGAAUAAUAAAUAAAAUUAAUCCCUUGAUAUGGAAAGAACUUAUAAAAAAGAAAUUAAUACAAUAGUAAUGUAAUUAAAAGAAAAAGAUCAUCAAUUAGAACAAUUAAAUCAUCAAUUUUAAUAAGAUAUUGAUUAAUUGAAGAAUCACUAGAUAAUCAAAAAUACUGAUCUUAUAGAGCGCCUCUAAUAACAAAAUGAAGAAUUAUAAUCGAUGCUACAAAACAUAUAUUCAUAAUUAAAUUUAUUAUCAGUAAGAUUCUCAUAAGUGGAAACAAAUCUUUAAAAUAAAUUGUCAAAACUAAAACUAAAAUUAAUGUAGUAAUAAGAGUAAAUGAAAUCGUUAUAAGGCGAAAAUAUUUAAUCAACAAAAACUAUUAUUGAUUUAAAUGAAAAAUUAUUAAAAGCCUAAGAACAAGAAAACAUACUAAAUACUAAUUGCUUGUAGUAUUAGGGGGAGGUAUCAAUUUUGAAGAAUUUAAAUAAAGAAUUAGACAUGAAUAAAAAUAACUACGCAGCCAGUUUUGAAUCAUAAGUGUCUAUAACUAAAUAAAUUUAAUCAGAAUUAGAAGCUUUAUAAUAGAAAAAUCAAGAAUAUUAAACAUAAUUAAAAUAAUAAGAAAAGAACAAUUAAGAUUAAUUAUUAAAAUGGAAUUCAGAUGCAUAAUAAUAACUAUAGGAUCAUUAAGCAAUAAAGAACCAAAAUGAUAAUUUAAAUCAAGAAUUAAUAAAAAAAAAUGAACAUAUAUCAAAUAUAGAAUAAGAAAUUAAGUAAUAAUAAUAAAUAUAUGAAAUCAAAUAAGAAGAAUUAAUUUCGAAAUAAAAUGAGUAAUUAAAAAUGAUUGAAGCCUCAAUCUUUAAAUAAUAGAAUAAUUUUAUGAAUAUUGUUUUCAAUAAGUUAAUUGAAAUUACAUAAAAAUCAAAUUUAUUUUCAGAAAAAUGCAAUGAUUGUUUUAAUUUAAUAAAACAAUAGUUUAGAAUAGAAAAGGCGAUAAAUUCAGAAAAUUAGAUUCUAUAGGAUACUCUUGAGAAAGAGAGAAGAACAAAGUAAGAUUUAAAUAUUCAAAUCAUUCAAAUUUAGUAAUAGCUUUUUGAACUCAAAAGUUCUAUUGAUGAAAAAGAUAUCGAAAUUUUUUCUCUUAAAAGUGUGAAUGAUCAGGUAAAUUAAUAAUACUCAAUAGAAAAAUAAGUAAUAUAAAAUGAUAUAAGAACUCUUCAUGAUUAGAAUUCUAAAUUUGUUCAAUUAAUUUAAUAAUAAUAAGACAAACUUAAUUGCAAUCAUGAAAUUAUUCAGACAAAAGAAGAUGAAAUUAAUGAAUUAAAAUAGAAAUUAACAAAUUAAGAGUUAUAAAUAAGUAAACGAAUAAUAGAAUAUGAAGAUUAAAUAAAUUAAUUAUCUAAAAUAAAAGAUAAUGCUCUUUGUAAACUAAAUAGCAAAGAGAAUGAAUUUGAAUAGUUAUAAAACACAUUCGAAUAAUAAUUGUUGAAUUAAGAGAAGGAAUUAUAAAAUCAUUUGGGAAAAUUAGAAAAUCAAUAAAUACAACUUUAAAAUAAAGAAGUAGAGUAAGAACGAAUUAAAUCAACUAAUGAAGAAUUAGGUAACAUAAUCUUAAAACUUGAAGAUGAUAUAAAAACUUAAGAGGAGAGAUUGAAUUUGAAAAUUUUAAAUCUAGAAGCAAGUAUUGAAUAGAAGGAUAUUUAAAUUUAAUCCAAACAAAAUGAAUUAAAUUAUUAAGAAUAAUCUUUAAAUAAAUAUGAAGAUAGAUUUAAUGUUGAUCAAUAACUUAUAUCAAAAUACAAAUUUGAGAUAGAGAAUUUAUAAAAGUAAAUUGAGGAUUAUAUUAAAGAAUUGGAAUUAACCUAAUUAGAAUUUCAAUAAUAAUUACAAAUCUCGAAAUUAUCAUAAAUGCCAUAAAACAAUGAUAUCUAAGGGUAGGAGAUAGCUCAAUUAAAAGAAGUUAUUGAAGAGAAGGAUAAACAUAUUGAACAAUUGAAACAAAAUAUCAAUGAGUUGAGAGAAUUUAAAUUAAAUAAAUCUGUAAUUAGUUCGAGAUCCAAAAGAAGUGUGAACGCGAUUUAAUUAGAUUAGCUUAAUGAUAUAGAGGAUGCAAGCCAUAAUUCUGAGGAUGAAGAGAAAGAAAUUCUAGAAUUGAUAUAAUAAAGGAAAAGAUAGACUUAUGAAACAGAUUAAGAAGAAUUAAUUUAAGAAAGGGCAAUUGUAUCAAGACUGAGAGAAGAAAAUGAUAUAAUAAGAAGGAAACUAGCAGAUUAAGAAUAGGAAAUAAUAAUUAAUAUUUAAAGGAACAUUGAUCAUGAAUAAACUAUCUCGAACUUAUAAAUUGAAAAUAAAGGACUUAAGGAUAAAUUAGACGAUUAUGAAAAUAUAUUAGAAAAGUAGAUGAAUAAGUCCUUGUUAAGUAAUAGAUCAAAGAGAAGUUAAAAUUGUCUUGAAUUAGACAAAUUUAAAGAUAUCGAUUAAAUUAGUUAGCAUUCAGAUGAUGAAGAAUUAGAAUUAUAAUAAUUUAUUGAAUAAAAGCAAAGACAAUAGAAAGAAUAAAAUCAUGAAUUACAUGAAGUAUAAAAGUUGAAAGAAGAAAAUCACAAGUUAAUAAGAAUUUUAACAGAUUUACAAGAAGAAUAAAAAAUAAAUAAUUUGAAGAUGACUGACCAUUAGUAGACUAUUUACAAUUUAUAAUCUGAGUUAUAGGAGCAUAGGGAAAAAAUCGAGAAUUAUGAAAAUUAAUAUAAGGAAAUAAAAAUGAAUAGGUCAAUUUUGAGUAAUAGAUCAAAGAGAAGCUAAAACUAAUGUCAAUUUGAUUAAUUUUUCGAUCUUGGAGAUGAUGAAUAGAACAUGUCUGACAAUGAUUCUCUGUUCGAAUAAAAGAUUUUAUCAUAAUAAAAUGUAUUUCAUUUGAAGGAAUAGGAAUUAAAUACAAAAUUAACUUAAUUGCAAGAAGAAAUCAUCUAGUUGAAAGAGUAAAACAAGUAAGAAUAUUAAAUUUAUAUUAAAGAUUACUCUAAGAUUUUAUUAAUAGAGGUGCCAUUCCUAGUCCAAUUUAAAAUACUGAAUCUGACUAAAACAAAUUUUCAAAGAUAAUACUUGAAGGAGAAAAACAUAUUUAAGAAUUAUAAAACUAAUUAUAUGAUAGGGAUUAAACAUUUCCUCAUAAUAAAUAAAAAAAUAAAUUUACAUUUGAUUAUAAUUAAGAUGAAGAAAACCAACUUAGGGAUGAUUUAGCUGAAGAAAUAUAAAAAGGAUAAAAGGCAAAGAAUGACUUUGAAAAUGAUUAGCAGGAUCAUAUAAAUUAUUUAGAUAAACAAAAUUUUGACCUUUAGAAUAAAAUUAGCGAUUUGGAAGAUGAAAAUAAGUACAAAAUUCUUAUCUAAUUGAUAGAACUUGUAAAAAUCUGAUCGAUAAUUUUGAGUAGGAGAAAUAGAAACUAGAGGACUUGAUUUUCCAACAAAAAUAGAAAAUAAUAGAGUUAGAAUAGUAAUAAACUUCUUUUAAAUUUAGCGAAAAUCAAGAAUUAUAAAUAUAAUUACGAAAUUAGUUUAAGGUUAUUCAAACUAAAUAAUAAUUAUAAUCAAAUAAAAUGGAAUAAUUGGAAAAUCAUCCGCAAGCCUUAUAAUUAAAGAGCCACUCGUCUUAAGAUUUAUCCGCAUAUUAAAAUCAAUAUGAAUAAUUAAAAAAAUUAUGCCAAUAAUUUUUCUCUGCUAUUAUAAAUAAGUAAAAUGUUUAAAUAUAAAUAAAAUAGAAAUCCUGGAGUUGCUGAAUCAAUUUUAGGUGUUAUUUUGAGUAUGGUAGAAAUGGCUGAUAAAUAAAUUAUAUGCUAAGAAAUAUUUUUUAAGGCGGAUGAGAAAAAAGAUAAAAAAAAUAAAAGUAAAGGGAUUAAGGCAUGGUUUUGA